CAUGACAGAUGAAGAGGAUUGGGUGAUGGAAGAAGACUUUCACGGUUGGAUUCCCAUCCAAAUCAUCACGGCAGUCGGCAGAAAAAGAAGAGUGGGUAGUAGUUGAAGACAUAUAAUUCCCAUUCGUGGAAAACAUAUACUGUACAUAUUAGCCACAUGUUAAAUAUAUUGUCUCUACAAUUCAAGUCCUGAUGCUUUUGCAAUAAUUGUCAUAUAUUCACAGCUUGCUAGUUCACACAUACACUAGUAGAAUAUACACAAUGUUGCAUUUGUUUGCAUCCCACGGCCAACACUGACGUCGACGAGCAAAGCUAGAAAGCAGAGUCAUGGCGGACGAGACAGCGGCGCCGCUGCUCCACUCAACUACCCUCACCGCCGACGACGCAUCACCACGCCGGAACAGGUUCGCCUUCGUCUGCGCCACGCUCGCCUCCAUGACCACCAUCCUCAUGGGCUACAAUCUCGCCCUGAUGAGCGGCGCGCAGCUGUUCAUCCGUCAGGACCUGGGCCUCUCCGACGUGCAGAUCGAGGUGCUGACGGGGUCCAUGAACCUGUUCAUGCUCGUCUCCAUCCUCGCCGCCGGAUGGGUGGCCGACCUCCUGGGCCGCCGAGGCACGCUCGUGCUUGCCAACGCCUUCCUCAUGGCCGGAGCGCUCGCCAUGUCGGCCGGCGGCAGCUACGCCGCGCUCGUGGCCGCGCGCUUCGUCACCAGCGUCGGCGUUGGGUUCGCCCGCGUCGUCGCGCCGGUGUACAACGCCGAGAUCUCGCCGGCGUCCACGCGCGGCGUCCUGUCGUCCUUGCUAGACAUGUUUAUCAAUGUCGGAAUCUUGCUUAGCUACGUGUCGAACUACGCGUUCGCCGGCCUGCCAGUGCACAUCGGCUGGCGCGUCAUGUUCGCCGUCGGCGCGCUCCCACCGGUGUUCCUCGCCGCGGGGGUGCUCGCCAUGCCGGAGUCGCCGCGGUGGCUGAUGAUGCGCGGGCGCUACGAGGACGCGCGCACCGUGCUGGUGCGUACCUCGGACACCCUAGCUGAGGCCGACCUCCGCCUGCAGGAGAUCAAGCAAGCCGUCGAGGCGCCGCGGGCAGCCGGCAGCAGCGGCGCCGGCGACGGCGACGGCUUCGCCGUGUGGAAGGAGAUGCUGUUGCGGCCGACGAAGAGCGUGCGCCGGAUCCUCGUCUGCGUGAUCGGCGUGCUGUUCUUCCAGCAAGCCUCCGGCAUCGACGCCAUCGUGCUGUACAGCCCGCUGGUGUUCCAGAAGUCCGGCAUGUCGUCGAACAGCGCCAUCCUCGGCGCCACCAUCGCCGUGGGAGUAGUCAAGACAUGCUUCAUCCUGGUGGCGACGCUCUUCUCCGACCGCGUCGGCCGGCGCCCGCUUCUCCUCGCCAGCGCCGCCUGCUCGGCGGUGACGCUGACCUGUUUGGGCCUGACGCUCUGCGUCGGCGACACGUCGACGGUGAGCACGGCGGCGUGCGUCGCGUCGGUGCUGGCCUUCGUGGCCGCGUUCUCGGUCGGGUUCGGCCCGCUGGCGCCCGCGUACAGCUCGGAGAUCAUCCCGCUGCGGCUGCGCGCGCAGGGCACCAGCCUUGGCACUGCGGUGAACCGGGUGACGUGUGCGUUGGUGACCAUGACGUUCAUCUCGCUCGCCGACUGGAUCACCAUGCCCGGGUGCUUCUUCCUGUACGCCGGUGUGGCGGCAGCCGCGUUCGUGUUCGUGUACUUGCAGCUGCCGGAGACUAGUGGGCGGAGCUUGGAGGACAUGGACGUGCUCUUCGCCGCCAAGUGAUCAUAGUUUUUUUUUUGGCGUAAAUUAGACAGUGAACUGUUGGUGUGAUUGUUGUUCAACCAAGAAUUUGACACUAGUCCCUUGUGAUUUGCUCAUAAGGGCCCAUGACAAUUCA